UCACUUCUACUUCAUUACUUUCAUUUUCUUCCUCUCAAUUCUCUCAAAGAUAUUCAUCAUCUCUCUAUCCAAAAAGGAAAAAAUGUCUCAUGGCAAUCGCCCGCCGAAUUGGAAGGAAUUCGAAGAUAAAAUUUUGUGCCAUGCAUGGAUCGAAAUUUCGGAGGACGGUGCUGUCGGCCAUGGCUAUCUGAACCAAUAAUGUUGUUUUCGUCAUUAAUUACGUCAUAUUUGACAAUAAUUUUUUUAUUGUCGGAAUUCAAAAAAAAAUUAUCGAAAUGUUCGUCUUAAUUAAUUAUUAGUGCCUAUAUAAAAAUAAAGAACAAAUUUUGUAAUUAGAAUAAUGAAAUCUACACUAAACUGAAUAAUGAGUUAAUGUCAAAUUCUGAAAUUUUGGACUUAUCGACCUCCCAAUAAUGCAAAAACACUUUUGGAGAGCUAGAUUUAGAAUUUUAACCCCAAAAUUUGGAAUUUUAGAACCUUGCACUAAAGAUGGUCUAAGGUUUGACUGCACUUUUUCGGGGGGAACUGAGUGUGCGAGAGGAGCAGCCAAAAAUGGCGGACGCGAACCUCGCUUUCGGCACUCUUCUUCUACUCAUCUUCCCACUCGCCCUCCUCGCACUCUUGGCUCUAAUCGUCCGCCCACGUCCCGUCAAGAUCCCGUUGAAGAACCGCCAUGUGUUCAUCACCGGCGGGUCGAGCGGGAUCGGCCUCGCCCUUGCCCACGCGGCUGCGGCGGCGGAAAGUGCCAGGGUCUCCAUCCUGGCCCGAUCCCUCGACAAGCUGGAAGAGGCCAGAGACUCGAUCCGCCUCGCGACGGGGAUCGAGGCCGCGAUCUACGCGGCGGAUGUUAGGGAUUUCGACGCCGUGAAGAAGGCGGUGGAUUCCGCCGGCCCGAUCGACGUCCUGAUCGUGAACCAAGGGGUUUUCGUCGCGGGGGAGCUGGAGAAGCAGGAACUGAGCGAGGUCCGGUUCAUGAUUGACGUCAAUAUGUUGGGGAGCUUCAAUGUCGUGAAAGCUGCUUUGCCAGGGAUGAAGAGCCGGUCGGAUCGGAGGCCGGUGUCCAUCGCUCUCAUGUCAUCGCAGGCCGGCCAGGUGGGAGUUUAUGGAUACACGGCUUAUUCCGCUAGCAAAUUCGGGCUACGGGGCAUGGCGGAAGCGCUUCAGCAUGAAGUCAUCGCCGAUGAUAUCCAUGUCUCUCUUAUAUUCCCUCCGGACACUGAAACACCUGGUCUGGCUGAAGAAACCAAGACGAGGCCGCCAUUGACAAGCAUCAUAGCAGCAUCAUCUGGCGCAAUGAAAGCAGAUGAAGUUGCCAGGAAAUGCUUCGACGGGAUCAAGCUGGGAAGCUUCUUCGUGCCUUGCAACUUCGAGGGCGCGAUGCUGGCCAUUGCCACAGCUGGUUUAGCCCCGCAGAGAUCGCCCUUGAUGGCAUUUGUCGAGGUGGUAGCCAUUGGUCUAAUGCGAGUCGUAGCUCUGUUUUUCCAGUGGAAUUGGUACGGAAGCAUUACGAAGUUUGCUAGCAAGAACAAGUGAUAUAGUAAGUCUCAAACUGCAUCACGUAGCCCUUUAGUUGGCUGUCUUCUUCUGCUGGGUACUCCAUUUUCGCAUUAUCGUAAUUGGGUUCCAUAAAUUCCAUGGUAAAUUUUGGAACUUGUGCCUUGUCAAGGAGGUUCUGUUCAGCAAGCUUUCACGGAUCGACCUCAACAUUUGGAGGUGGACACUAUCCCUCUGGGUAUUGCUGUUGUUUCUCUGUUAGUUUUGGAGACUGAUCAUCCCAUUUGACAGACCAAGAACAAAUUCAGUUUGUUUAAUUGUUGGGAUAUUUCAAUUUGACUUAGGUGUGCUUUGGUAGAGGUAGAGGAUUGUCCAUUCUGAUUUCGGGAAUAAUAGAUCAUUUUUCUAGUCUGGAGUUUGGUUAGGUUUAAAUGUUUAAUACCUCAGCACUACUUAGUGUUUACUAUUUACUUUUGUUUCUAUAAAUUGUGAAAUCUCACAACUCAACAGUCGUAGGCUCAUUGAAAAAUGAAAACAGAAGGAUGAAUAAGAAGGAGAGGAGAAGUCCCUUGCAUUGUAGGAGUUUUUCCAGAGAUAACACUAUUUUUUUUUAAAAUAGCACCCAACCUGAAAAAUUCCAAAAAUAGCACAAUUUCCCAAAAAAAUUUACACGAAAACCGUAGGGUGGCGGCAUGGUUUUCAAUGAAAACCGCAUGGUUAGGGGGAGGUUGGGUGCUAUAUUUAUAAAUGUUUGGGGAUUGGGUGCUAUUUUUUAAUUAUUUUUUAAAUAGUGCUAUUAUUUUAAUUAAUAUAUCAUUUAAAUUACUACCAUGUUUUGGUCAAAUAUUACAACAAUGCAGCAGAAAAAUAAAAAUAAAAAUAUCUUAGUUGGAUAAUAGAUUUAAAUAAUCUGAUUAGGCCCGAAAAAGGAACAGACUUCAAAAGUUGAAUUGAAACUCACCAAAGUUUACUAUAUUGUUUUUAGUGAUUUACUAGCGUUUUACCUGGCCCGUUGGUCGGAGAGAUUUAUUUUAUAAUUUAUAUUAAUUAACUUAUUUAUAAGUUUAAAUCAUUUUGGAUCUUCUAUUGUGUUAUUGAUUCAUAACAGAGUUUGUAGUAUGUUUAUAUUGAAAAUUUUCAAUAUUUAGCACACUCACUUGUGAUGUUUCGAUUUUCUAAUCAUAAAUUCUGUCGUUAUCACAUCCCAUUUAGAACUUCUGUCAAAAUUUGUCAAUUAAAACAAUAAUAUUUAGCGUACGUCAACCUGACUAAAUGUGCUCUGUUUCAGUAAAUCAAAUGACCAAAAUUAAUAUUAAAUUUUUCUAGUCACUAAACAUGACACGAUUUAGUAAUCUCAGUGACUAAAUGUGGCAUUUACCCCUUUUUUAUCAAAUGGAUGCAAUAAUACCCUAUCUUUCAUUCAAAAACCACAUGGGGUUCGAAAAUCUACUGAACAUCGUACAUAAUCCAGUUACAAAGAUUAGGAUCAAACACAGAAAAGGAUGGAAGCCAAGAGGCAUACUGUGCCCCCUGUUAGCAAGAAAAUCAGCACACUUAUUCCCCUCUUGGUAGAUAUGGGCUAUGGAAACUUCCCUCUCUCUAUGAAGCAGCUCAAAAGCUCUAUCUAUAAUGGCUGCAUGGUGAUGCUCAUUGUGACUAUUGCUAUACUUGUAUGGUUUAGAAUAGGGCUGAAAAUUGGCCCGACCCGCCCCUGACCCUGUCUGACCCGCCCCUGAAGGGUCAAGAUGUAUAACUGACCCGCCCCGACCCUGUCUCUUUCAUGACCCUGUCUGACCCUUUAGGGUCAGGGUGGGUCAGGAAGGGUCGGCUCAGUGGGUCGACCCUAAUAAAUAGACUACUUUUCUAAAAAUUGCAAUUUGGUACUGAAUUUAUUUUUUCUUACAUUUUAGUACCUAAAUUAUAUUUUUUUACAAAUAAGUCCCUAAAAUUUGAUGGUAAAAUUACAUUUUGGUACCCAAAUUUUUUAAUUUUUAUAAUUUAGUACCUAAACUUAUAAAAUUUAACAAAUAGG